UCAACAUGAAUUUCAUCGUCUACCUCCUCGUCCUCAUCGCCUGGGCUCCAAGCUUUGGAUUGUCUCAAGGCUCUCCAGCAGCUGGUUCUGCAGCGCCUACAGGAGGGGUUAAUGCUGGAGUAGAUGUAAACGCUGAAAUUGAGGAUCCGGAAACGGGACUUUUUGUCGGAAUACUUGGCAGUGGUUUCGGUGGCUCGGGCAAAGGAGGAUUAUUUUAAUGUUGCCAUUGGGAUUUA